UUCUCAUAUCACAAUUACAAUUAAAAUAACCUCACACCAAAACACCUUAAACUCUCUUCUCCAAAAUUCUUUAGAGUAAAAAAUGGCUACUAAAAGGCUUUAUGAUGAUUCUGAUCAAGACCCAAAUAACUCAAACGAAAAACGAAUGAGACUUUCUUUAACUUCUGUAAUAGGAAAGGCAUUUAUGGUGCAAAACUUGCCCAACACUUUAGCAGUCUUGGAACCUUUGAUUAAAAGAGUGGUGAGAGAAGAGGUGGAUCAAGCAAUAAAAAAGUGCUUUUCACAUUCCAUUAAUAGGUCACCUUCAUUAAGAAUCCAAGCACCAAUUAAAGAUAAACAAUCAACCUUACAAUUCAAAUUCAACAAAAGGCUUUCCCUCCCAAUUUUCACAAAUAGUAGAAUGCUUGACAUUAAUGGUAACCCAAUCAACAUAAUUCUAGUUGACAAAUCAAAAAAUGACCAAAUUGUCCCCACAAGUCUACCUUACCCUAUAAAGCUAGAGAUUGUUGUUCUUGAUGGUGAUUUUGCACUAAAUGAAAAAGAGGAUUGGACUAUUGAUGAAUUCAAUAGACACAUUGUGAAGGAAAGACUUGGGAAGAGACCAUUGCUUGCUGGAGAAUUGAACUUGACUAUGAGAGAUGGAAUUGCACAAAUUGGUGACAUUGAAUUCACUGAUAAUUCUAGUUGGAUAAGGAGUAGGAAAUUUAGAGUUGCUAUCAAGCUCAUCAAUCAUGGGAGUAAUCAAAGUGUUAGGAUUCAAGAAGGCAUCACAGAUGCUUUUGUUGUUAAGGAUCACCGCGGAGAAUUGUACAAAAAACACCACCCACCAAUGCUUGAAGACGAUGUGUGGCGUCUAAAGAAGAUUGGGAAAGAUGGAGCUUUCCAUAAAAAAAUGGCUGCUCAUGGAAUCAAAACAGUGCAAGAUUUUCUCAAAUUAGCAGUUAUUGAUACUCAUAAACUAAGAAAGAUUUUGGGCAUUGGGAUGUCAGAUAAAAUGUGGGAUGUCGCAAUAAAACAUGCAAUGACUUGUGACAUGGGUAGCAAGAUCUAUAUAUACCGUGGACCUCAAUUUAUUAUUUUUCUAAAUCCAAUAUGCAAAUUAAUUAAAGCUGAUAUCAAUGGACAUGAAUUUUCCUCCAAGGAUUUGAGCCCAAUAAAUAAGAGCUAUAUAGACAAAUUGGUUAGAGAAGCAUACACAAGAUGGCAUGAUUUGGAGGAAAUUGAUGAGGUUUUAAAUGAUAACAUUGCUUUGUUAACUCAAGGUGAUCAAGCUGUGGAGCAAUAUCCAAACAAUCAUCCAGCAUCAAUAGUAACUACAUAUCAUCAAAAUGAUUAUUAUAGUGACAAAUCAACAGAUGUUGCUAGCUAUGUAACAAGCAAUAAUGAAAAAAUGGGAUGCUAUGAAUUGUCACACAAACAAGCCUAUACCACAACAUCAUUUGCAAAUGGAUUUCCUUUAUGUUUCUCAGGCUCACAAUCAGAUGGAGAAAUUACACUUCCAAAUUCAGACCCUAGGGACAUUGGUGGUGUCACAAGGCAACUGUAGAUGUAUUAAAUUUCAAACUUCAGAAUUUUUUUUAUAUUUUUAAUUUAAUUAAUGAUAUAUAAAUAAUUAAUAUAUUUAGAUUGUUGUAAAUUAUA